AUGUCCUCAUACUUCGGCGCCCAAUCGACCGGCGCCUUUGGUCCGGACCCCUCAACCAGACAGAGUCCGGCUGCCAUUCGGUUUCAAAGAAAAGCGAGCACUGGAUCAGCACCCGUGAGUUUUCAGUUUACUUUCACACGCUUGAUUCACAAAACAGUGAAAAUCAGCGGUAUUCCAUUAGCCGUCAGGUUGAUUCUUGUGAAUAUAACUGGCAAAACAGUUUCCCGAAACUCUGCGAGCCAGUCCCAGGUGCACACUCCUGCGGACGGAAUCUUCGCUCCCGACUCCUCCUUAUCCGUUUCAUCGUUUCCACCGCGGCACUUGUCAUCCAUCGUCGUCCGGUCAUUCACUUCUUCUCCCCACUUCUUGUUUUUUUUAUCGCUCACCGCGUUUCCCUAUCAUAUCCACUGCGUGUCUGCCGUCGUUUUGUACUUUCUCCCACCCUUUUUCCAGCUAGUUUCGCACGCGUUUUCGUUCGGCAAAGGGCAAAAGCUGCGGAGAGGGGGAAGAAGGAUGAUGACACCUCGGAGAAGCGCGCCUCUGUCUUUCUGUUGUUUCUUUUCGUUCGCCGCCGUCCACUUACUAACAUGAUAUCCCGUCGUGACAUUUCGUCUGAUUGCUCUAAUUCCUCGCAGUCGCUUUUAUUCCAAUUACCAGUAUCUGUCCAUUUCUUCCUUUUGAGACGUCCGAGAGUUUUUCCGUUUGAAGAUGACUCUUUUUCCUCGAACUGAAUGAAUUUCUAUACUGCUCAGAACAUUUCUAGGUGCCAAUACAGAAUACCAGAAUCCUUUUUCCUUUAGAGAGCCAAAACUCUUCUACUUUUUCUCAUGACUGUGCUUCAACUCGUCAUUUUGAGUGAAACUACAGUAUCCCAUUCGACACAGUCAAUAUUCAAUUUCAAUUGAUACAAUCUGUUUCCUUAUCACUCCUCCUUUCGGAAGCCCUUUGAAGAAUUCAAAAUUUCGGAAAUCCUUUCCCGUCCGUCGCCCGCCUGUUUAUCACCACCCGCAUGCGUGUUCCUCACUCCACAGAAUUGAGGUCAAGAUCAUUUAAUCAGCAUCUCUUCCUUCCGCACACUCUCUCGAGACGCUUUAUAACUGUUCGUAAUCAAGAUGAUAGGCGGAAGGGCGCACGCCAGAAUAACUACUGGAAGCAGACUGAAAAAGAGAAAAAUGAACGGUACGGAGAGAGAAGCGGAACGCGUUUAUCACCCAGCUAUUAUCACCUAUCAAAUGAAUUUAAUUGUCUAUCCAUCUUCGAAAAUGGCGAUCAAAGCGACCAUUUGCAGUCAGUUCCGCCGCCAUCGGUGCCUCCGCCAGAGAGCAGUGCGGACGAGGAAGAGCCGAGAGCCAGCUCUAACAGCAACAACUACUCAUCCACUUCCACAGUCGCCGCGCCCGGAAGGGAACCGACCAGGGUUUCCACUCUCAAAGUACCGGCAAAUUGGGCGUAUCGGAGAGGGAAUUCAAAGUAUUUUCAGAGAGAAGAGAAGGAGAAACGGCAGAAGGAACGCAUGGAAAAAGAGCGAAAGGAAUUGGAAGAGAGGAGAGUGGGAGAAGACGAAAUGAAAAAGGAAGAGUGCACUGUACACCCGUCGCUCGAGGGACGCACCAGUUACGUGGAAGAGCCACCCUCCACCACGACGACGUUGGAUCGGAAGGAUCGGAGAGCCGAGAAGGCAUUGGUGGGGAGAAAUGACACGACCAGAAAGUUAAUAAGUUCUGUUUCAGGUUCGUCGGAUCACAAAUGAAAUGCAGCUGGCCACGUACAUGGCGCCCGUUGAGUUCUCGCCGGCCAAUCAGCCAGUCGGGGCCUACACGCAGGGAACGUUCCGUGUUCGGAUGCUCCGUUUCGCAGAAGCAGGUCUGCGGCGGACCUUCUGGGCCGUCGGGAAGAUGCUCGCAAAUCAUAAGCUUUUUUCCCUCGUCAUUGCCCUCGUUUGCUUCGCAAUGGCCCUCGUUCUCCCGGGUAUUCAUCGCCAUAAUCUGUACAUCGAUCUGCCGUUUUCUCAUCUUUUUGGAUCCGGAAGUGACACAAUCUCGAACGGAAUUGGAAUUGCGCCCAAAAGUCAAGAAUUUAAUUCUUCAAAUCCGGCAUUUUCGUGCAUGAAUUGGCGGGAUUCCAAUCACUUUGCAGUGCUUCUCAAGACAAUGUGAGAGAGUGUGAAAUAAGAAUACAAAUAGAGCAGGGGAAAAUUUCAGGACAUCUCGCGACACUAUUUUGAGGAAGGACGCAGUGCUGGCUUACACGGCACUCAAGAAGAAGUUGGACCACUUCCCGGUGGAGAAGAGAGAGUUUCUCGUUCAGUGUUCGUUGGAAUGCGAAACGGACAAGGAUAUGGUGGAUCGGAUAAUCAAAAAGAGUCCGCAAGUGGCACUCACCUACCCGGAAACGUUCGUGAGCAUGAGCAAGGACUCGACGAAUCUGACGAGAGUUUAUCUGGGAGCAGCCAUCGGAGGAGUGGAGACAGACACGGAUGGGGCCAUUUCGAAGGCCACUUCUCUUUUGAUGAACUUCGAAUUGAAGGAAGAUCUCACCGGCAAAGAACACAAUUCAUGGCAUAAACACUUCGAAGAGCAGGUUGCAAACUGUCGGAUGGUGUGGAAAAUUAUAGGAAUUAUUACAGACGAGGCUGACUGCUGCCCCGAACAUCUCUCUGAUGGCCUGGUCUCCAGAAACAUUCAAAGCGGCAGUCGUGCUCGCCCUUCAGGAUCAGUACUGGUGGGUGCAACAUUUAUGACUCAUUUGAGAACAAACAAGAUUAGUGUGUGUAGUUAUGGAAACACAUCUAAAACGUUCUAAAGAGUCAGACAGAAAUCCCAUUUGCUCAGUGAGCCAUUCGGGUCUUCCAGGUUUCUCCAGUUCUCGCUCGUCAUCCUGUUCCUUUUCUGCCUUCUCGGAUCGUUCGGAAGCAAUGCUUACAAGGUAUUCGCUCACUUUUCGCGUACAUUCCGCAUUCUCUUUGCGUUUUCAGUCGAAGCCCUGCCUCGGCAUCAUGAUAUUCGUCGCAUUGCUCGUCGCUUCGAUCACAGGUAUGACGAAACGAGCCAUGAUGCGAAACCCUCCAAUUAUUGCCGCAUUUGAAUUGAAAUCUAAUCCUCGUCUUCCCGCAUUUCCCCAUUUCCGUCCAUCUCUCUUUCAGCCUUCUCCAUGCAGUUCUACCGUAAUCUGCCAGUCGAUCCGCUCGUUUAUCCGAUCUGUUUCGUGACCAUUGGUGAGUGCUUCUUCUGAAAUAUUCACGCCUUUUCCCUGACGACGGGCGGCCUCUCGAGAAUAGAAAUCCGAGCCCAAUUAUCGUCGCUCUUCCUUACUUUUGCCCUCUUUCCCUCAUAAUCCGUCGCCUUUUCUGCAAAUUAAAAACACAUUGAACCCAGUUUCGCUCCGUUUCGGAGUCGUUUCGUUUUAUGCGUUUCGUAAAGAAGAAUUCAUGAAGACCGACCGCCAGUCACUCUCUUUUUCUACUCUGCCACGUUUUUGAUUGUGUACACAUUCUUUUGUUGGGGAAAGACGGAAGAAAGUGUAAAUAUGCAAAUACUUCCUUUCAUUGAUAUUGUUCCCUUCCAGGAAUCGGUCUCCUCUGGCUGUUCCAACUACACUUCAGCUGGUCCCGUUACUCGUCGGCCGCCGUCCAUCCUACCGAAAAGAUCGCAUUCAUUCUGUCGCACGAUGCUCCGGGAAUCGCCGCCAGUGCAGUUGUCAUCGUGAGCACUUUCCGUGAGUCAUUUCCAUCCGUCGAUUCGCCUAUUCUUCCUCUCUUCUUCCAGUGGCGAUGACUCUUUUCAUUUCCAACGGUCACAUGAUUGCCUCGUUCCUCGGAAUCGCUUCUUCAGUUGCCAUCCUCCUCGUGUUCACCGUCUUGUCAGUACUAGUCUUUCCAUUACCGUCUUGAACAGCACUCUUUUCAGCUUCAUUUCGGUGUUCGUUUUCAUCGGCGGCAGCCGCGAAGCGCGUGGAGUCAAGUGGUAUCAGAUCUUCAAAACGGGAGACACCCACUUCACAGGUCCGUUCCUCGUCUUCUUCUUCUUCUUCUUCUUCUUCGUUCCCAAUUCUCACGGUGCUCUCUCUUCCAGCUCCUCAACUCGCGUCCUUCGACUCUGCAUCUCUUUUCUCUCUCCACGAUCGCCUUCUGGAUGCCCGGCCGUGUGCCUCUCGGUUCAUUGGAACGCUUGUGAUCAGUCCGAAGAGCCGAUAUGUUAUCCUGGUUUUGUGCACUGCUUUCAUAUUCUUCGCCAUCUACGGAUUCUUCAACACAGGGUAACAUUCUCCCUCCACAUUCGUUAUUUUAAAGUUUUGAAUCCAGAAUUGACAUCAAGGAGGAGUACUUCCUUCCGUCGGGAGCGCCCGAAAAACAAUUCAUCGAACAGUACAGAGAACAAUUCGGAAAGACCACACAGUUUAUGGAAUUGACCAUUGAGAACAGCAUUGAAUAUCAUGAUCACGAUGUUCAGAAUACCAUUUUUGAUCUUCUGGAUUAUGCAAUUGUGAGUCAAAUGUUUGAGGUUCCAAAACAAAAAAUAAGCAUUCAGGAAGAAGGAUACGCUUCUCGAUCGGUUAACUGGCUCGCAGACUUUGCCAAAUUCGAAAAGGCCAGCAUUUACGAUGUGAACCCGGUCAGUUGACGUUUUCAAAGAUGAAGAGACCAUGAAUUCCCUUGCAGGACACUUUCGUUCCCGUUGUGAACCUCGUGUUCCUGCCGUCCGAAACCUACAGAAAGUAUGCGUCGGACAUCAUCAUGGAUCGUUUCCAGACUCAAAUUGUCAAGUCUAGAAUGUAUUUAGAACUGACCGACAAGGGAUUCGCUCAGAGGUUGGUCUCAAAGUCAGUUGCCUAGAGACUCAUUGUCCUCUUCAGAACUUCCUUCGUGGACACACUUCUGAAGAGAGCAGCUGCGAAGGGCAUUCCUCUCUCCGUCGACGUCCCGUCUUCUAUGUCCCUCCGCCACGACAUCAGCGUUUUCUUCUCCGGAAUGAUCGCAUUCGGCGUCGCCCUCGUGAUGCUCUUCUGCGUUUCGCUCCUUCUGCUCGGCCAGCCAGCUCUCACGAUGAUGCUCCUGUUCACUUCCAUCGCGGUGCUCGGGGAAACGAUCGGAUACGCCUACUACCUGUCAGUCCCAAUGAACAUCAUCACAAUGACCAUGGCCCUCGCUGGAAAUGCUCUCACUUGCGUCAUUGUCAUCGCUUUUUGCUACAGUUAUUCCAUGUCCGGAAAGUCUCAGAUCCGCGCCGGAGUCCGUAUUCAAUACACUUUCCAGGUAAGAUACUUCUUUUGUUCUUUUUUAAUUUCCCACUGAAACGCUUCCAGGCCACCCUCUACCCAGUCGUUUUCGCGUGUGUCGUUCCCGUGAUCACAUUCACUCCGAUGCUUUUCAUGGAUGUUCCUGUUGUCUGGCAUCUGUUCAAGAUCAUCGUCAUCAACGCCACCGCCUCCCUCAUUCAUUACCUCUUCUUCCUGCCCAAGUACGUCAUCUCUUCCCGUCUUCCCAUUCAAUUAUGCUCCCUUUCAGUAUGAUGCUCGCUUGUUCCGAACGUUUCGGUUUCAAUUGCACUUCGUUGAACUGCGCCGAAUUGUGCUGUGACAUGGACGACGAGUCCUCCAUCUACUACAUUCCAACUGGAGGCCGUGCCAUCCACCCAGAGGGUCUUUACCACCAUCCCUCGUACACUUACACGGUACCGAAGCCUCUGAUGAGUGCGGCGCCACCGCAUUACCUGGCCAUCGCCGCACCGCCCGGCAACUCAAUCUACGGACAACAGGCCGAUUACGCCUCCCGCGCAGAGCUGAAACGGGAGUCGCGACGCCAUCGGAGACACAGCGAAUCGUCGGUCGGAGAAAACGACGAAGCUCCGAAGAGAGACAGAGAAUCGAGGAGACGCAGACAAAGACGAGCGGUCAGCAGAGACAGCGAGAUUUACGAGGAUCUUCAGACUCCGGUGAAUUCCUUUCCCUCCUCAGAACCCAGUUCAUCCGGCCCUUUCAGCGCGUCGUCACCUCUUCAUCCCGCUCGAAUUCUCCCCGUCGUCAGCAGCCAGGAAGCAUGCGCCGUGUGAAUCAUUCGAGUGCGGCGGCCAAUUUACGUCCACAGGCAUUCCACUACGACGAAGGAGCGCAGUGGAGACCGUACGUGCAGCCGUCCCCGUACAUGUUCUACGGAGGACCCGUUUACGGACAACAGAGACGAUAA